AUUCAUUAUCUCUACAAUAACUUCAAACAAAAAGAGUAUGAAUCUAAUGACGCUUUGGCUGGAUCCUGACGUGGUUGGUUUCAUAUCAGCUACCUUUACCAUUUGCCUCUCUUCAACUGGGAUAUGGACCUGUUGGUGUAUAAUUUCAGAGAAAAGUGUUGGGACUCGUAGCUAUUUGCCAUUUCUUGCUGGAGCUCUUAUGUCCUCCCUGUGGUUGCUCUAUGGUAUUGUAGUGAAUGAUAAUCCGAUGAUGUUUGUUAAUUUCAUUGGUUCAGUCCUUCAGUCAAUAUAUUUCAUCAUAUUCUACCUAUUCACUAAUGAUAAAUCUGUCCCUGGUAGAAAUGGCCUCGUUGCUGUUGUGAGUGUUUUAUUUAUAUAUGUGACAGUUCUUAAUCUACCCCAACUCCUACAAGUUGUAGUGGCCCUUGGAUUCAUAUGCAAUGCUGUCACUAUUGCAUUCUUUGCUGCUCCACUAGCAUCAAUGGUAAGAACUAAUGAAAGCAUCUAUAAUAAUAUUUAUGAGAAAGAAAGAGAGUGA